GGCCAGCCUGUGGAAACUUCCGGGAAUGUCUGCACUCCGGCGUUCCACCGAGCAGCUUCCGGCGACAGCAGAGCCUGUGGCUCCCCCUGCGGGCUGCUCAGUGGCGUGCACAGUCCUGCCGGCUGGCUGGGUGGGUGGUGGGCUGCGGGUGGGGGAGGAGAUGGACCGAGUCCCGGGUUGUCGGGAUGAGGGUUCGGGAAGGUCUGGCCAGUAAGAUUCUACUCCCUGGCUCUGCACCGGGUUCCCUACCCCUGUCUACGUCGGCUCCGCCACUUCAGGGCUUGAGACUAAAAGAGCAUCCCGGCAGGGGGCCUUCCAGCCCCAAAGCAGCCUGUCCAGAGACCCCCAAAUUCUGAUCUUGAAGUUGGAGGCCUCCGGGGAUGUCCUUUUUAAAUCUUUUAGAAGGGUUAGAGGGGUUGAGGCUGCCUGACCCCAGCCUAAUGUGGUAGGUAGGCCUUGGGAAGUGGAGCAUGGGGGCAAAGGAUCCAAGCGUUGAGCCUUCAUCCCCUAUUCCCCAUCCAGUGGGGUGCCGAGGCUCGGGCAGCAUGACGACGGAGACCUUUGUGAAGGAUAUCAAGCCCGGGCUCAAGAAUCUGAAUCUUAUCUUCAUUGUGCUGGAGACAGGCCGAGUGACCAAGACAAAGGACGGGCAUGAGGUUCGGACCUGCAAAGUGGCGGACAAAACAGGCAGCAUCAAUAUCUCCGUCUGGGACGACGUCGGCAAUCUGAUUCAGCCUGGGGACAUUAUCCGGCUCACCAAAGGGUAAGCCAGGUGGUAACUUUUAGCCUUCCAAAGGCAACAAUCAAGAGUGGGGUUAGUGGCCGGGCGCGGUGGCUCAAGCCUGUAAUCCCAGCACUUUGGGAGAUUCUGUAUGGUUUAUUCUGAGGUUCCUAACUUCAGUGAGCCAAACCCAGAGUAUAGCACCCAGCAGGCACCCAACAAGGCGGUGCAGAAUGACAGCAACCCUUCAGCUUCCCAGCCUACCACUGGACCUCCAGCUGCUUCUCCAGCCUCUGAGAGCCAGAACGGGAAUGGACUGAGUGCCCCAUCAGGUCCCGGUGGUGGCCCACAUCCCUCUCAUACUCCCUCCCACCCGCCCAGCACCCGAAUCACUCGAAGCCAGCCCAACCACACACCUGCAGGCCCACCUGGGCCUUCCAGCAACACUGUUAGUAACGGCAAAGAAACCCGGAGGAGCAGCAAGAGAUAGCAUGACAUUCUUCCUUCCUGCCACCAACCACUUUCCAAGUGUCUGCUGGAGAGCAAGAUAGCCUUCUACUGGCUGGCUGGUGUAGCAGUAUUUUAGCCACUGAACUUCAGUGGAGGGGUGGUGAGCAGUGGCCUUAUCAACCCUAAUCUUGUACUCCCCCAUUGUCCAGCUGAACUACCUGUCCCCUGGGAAUCAGGACCCUCCACCUGCUCUCUUUCCUCUUUAGAAAUGGCAGUUACCGGCCGGGCGUGGUGGCUCAUGCCUGUAAUCCCAGCACUUUGGGAGGUCAAGGCAGGUAGAUCACCUGAGGUCGGGAGUUCGAGACCAGCCUGACCAACAUGAAGAAACCCCAUCUCCACUAAAAAUACAAAAUUAGCCGGGCGUGGUAGCUCAUGUCUGUAGUCCCAGCUACUCAAGAGGCUGAGGCAGGAGAACCGCUUGAACCUGGGAGGUGGAGGUUGCAGUGAGCUGAGAUUGUGCCAUUGCACUCCAGCCUGGGCAACAAGAGUGAAACUCCAUCUCAAAAAACAAAAAGCAAAAAGAAAAGAAAAGAAAAGAAAUGGCAGUUACCAUCUAUUUCUUCUGUGUGAGACAUGGGGGUCUAACUGAAAUCUCUCUUUCCUAAUAAAUGUUACCACUCUACUCUG